GACCAAUUAUCGCGCGAUAUCACGUCGCGGUGUUCCUCCGCUGCUAGGCGAACGGUGCCAGUCGAUAACGGCUGGUCUAUACGCUAUUUGUACUUGGUCGUAUCGAGGUAAUCGAUAAUAAUAAUUGCAGCUCGUGGUCUCGGAGGCAGCCCUCCUCCACCUCUUGGAACGGCCCUACAAGCGGAUGGGGUUGCGAAUCUUGCUCGGGGUAAAAGAGUGUUUGUCGGGGAGAGGUAGAGAGAAAAGGCACGCGUGCGGAGGAAGAACGCCUCGACGAAUGGGAUGAAGAGGGUGGUUCGUGGGCUGGCCGUACGAACCAACGUUCGAAAGGUUCCGCCCUCGAAAAGGUAUGUAGGGAAAGAGGGAGAGACAGUGCGAGAAGGGGGAGAGAGAGAGAAAGAGAGAGAGAACGACUGGAGAAAGAGAGAGAAAGAACGAUUGAGAGAGAGGGACGAAGAUAAAAGAUGUCUCGUGGCAGGCUGUUUCUACGUUCAGUCGACAUCGGUACUUCUUUCGGGAACGUUCGAAUACUGUCCGUGUUUUCUUCUACACAAAAAGAAAAAAAGGAACACAAAAACAAAAAGACACAGGGUAAAAGAAAGAAAGAAAACGUAUAUAUUUUUUCUUUCUAUUUGUGUAGUGUAUUAAAAAAAAAAAGACUAAUAUCAGUGAUUGAUAAAAGAAAAAAAAAGAAGGGUAAAAUUAAAGAAUACUCGAAGAGUGAAUUAGAAUUUCCAUCACGGAAGCAAUUAUGAUGAGCACUCAUCAACACCCGAGUUAUGGAUUCCUCUCGGGUAUGGACUUACACUCGGUGCACCAUGUGAAUCAAGAAAUGGGCGCGAGCGCACAACAGAGCGUCGUAACAGCGCAAGAACAGCAUAUAAAGAGACCGAUGAACGCGUUUAUGGUAUGGUCGAGAAUACAACGAAAGAAAAUUGCUUUGGAUAAUCCGAAAAUGCAUAAUUCAGAAAUAUCGAAGCGUCUCGGUGCGGAGUGGAAACUUCUUUCAGAUGCGGAAAAACGGCCGUUCAUUGACGAAGCCAAACGAUUACGUGCUAUGCAUAUGAAAGAACAUCCAGAUUACAAAUAUCGACCACGAAGAAAGCCAAAGGUACCGGUAUCAGUAGUUUCUGGUAAACCAGGUUCCAUGAAUCCUGGGGGGUUUCCAAGUUUUCCUCUUCCACCAUAUUUUGCUGCACCAACAGCUCCGGUUUCUCAUCAUCAUCAUCAUCAUCAUCCACAUCCGCUUGACUAUCCACCUUUGUCACCGUAUUUUGGAUCUGCCUUCGAUGCCGUUCAUUUGAGCAAGCUCGUUGCUAGCGGUGGUGCAUCAAGUGCCUCGAGUUCGAACUGUGCGGCAGCCGCAGCUGCGGAAGCGACCAGUAACAGUGCAGCCUCCGCUGCGGCAGUUGUCAGUAGCUUCUAUUCUGGAUUGUAUUCCACGGCAGCAUCACCUAUAAAAACUUAUCACACCCCCUCGACUCAUCUUGGGCCUUUAUUCUCAAGUGGUCAUCACGCGCCACCGGGAUCAAGUCAAUCAACGCAUCCAUCCCUCGUAUUUCCAUCGACUUCAUCUAACGGAACUGGAAGUAUCGUCACGACGACCAGCAGUCCCGGAAGCAGUCCAAGAUCACCUCCAGUGCCGUCCACACAACACAGUCAUCAACAACUCGUAACACCCACGACUACGCCGAGCCUUGAUCUCGAUCAACAUCGUAGACCGGUCUCCGUCAUUUUUUAAUCUUUUUCCAAGCCUCCUCUUUUAAUCGACACAGCGAAUGAUUACUUUAAAUGAUAUUUGAUCACGUGUAUUCUUCGUCGACAGCCCUGGUUCUCUUUCAAUCUCAAGAGGAAACCUAUCUACGACGCGAAUAAUUUAAUUAGCAUAAUCGCUAUGCUGAAGAGUAAACAGUCAUUCAGGCGGGGUUUUUAACGAUUCCUUUUUUACUUCUAUCUUGUUCAUUCUUUUUCCCUCUUCAAUCUGUAUCCUGCUAUCCUGCGUCUGACAACAUUUAUAUUUUCCGAAUAAUCAUAAUUAUAUACUUGUAUUAAGAACGCGGUCGUUUUAUUUUGGCGAAGUUUGAAAGAUCGAAUUAUUUUUGUUCUCAUUGCAUUUACUUUUUAAUCGUUCGCUGAAUUUCAUUAUUGUUCCCAGUGAUCUUUAGAAAGUAAUAAAAGAUUGGCUAGUCAAGAUUUUUACAAACAACGUGAUUUUCGUCGUUAGUUAUAUAGUUUUAAUUACAAUUGUGUAAAUAACAUGUAAAACUGAUAACCAAUUCGAUAGAUCUACUAUGAGAACCAUUCUUGUGGGAUCUAUUGAAUUCGACGAUUUUUUAUCAAUCAAUUUGUUCACUCAUUUACGAUAUAUAUGUACAUAUAUGAUUAUAUGAACCGUUCAUUCUCCAAAGUGAUUAAUGUUUCGCGAAAUAAAAACUAAUGGAACUUAAAAAAUUUGUGUAUAUAUAUAUAUAU